AUGGAAGAGGAGAGGACACGAUAUGCGAGUAGCAUAUUAACAUCGAAGAAACCUUUCGAGGUAGCUGAGAUAACCAGAAUUAGAUUAUCUCAGGCCAAGCUUAUCAAUAAUAAUUUCUAUGUGUUGUUUAAAGAGGUGUCAGAACUGAAGAAGAACUACGUGCAGCAGCUUCGUAAAAUAAUCGUUAUCAAUGAAGACUUAGAUAAGUUAAUGUACGAUGAUAUUUUACAGAAUAAUGUUCUGACUGAAGCAGAGAUGGCUCAGAUGGAAUUUGAUUGGCUGGGUAGCUUGAGGCCAGUUUGGGCGCAGGUAAUAAGAGGAUUGAAGGCGGAUAUGCAAUCGAAGAUGGAGGAGUAUAGGACGAUGGAUAGGGAAAUUACUAGUAGCGUAAAGAAUAUGACUGAGCUAAAUGGAGGUUGGACUGAAUUGAAGCAGCUUCAUUCUCAGUUGAGUAAAGUAGCCGCAGAAAUAGAGGCCUCAAAAGAUAGUGCAGAGUCCCCAACAGCUGCAAACACCCAAUGGAGUGAGCGAGCACCAUAUUUAAUGGAGAAGUUUGAAGCAGCAGAUGUAGAGAGAUUGUCGACGUUGAAGAAUCACCUUCUAAAAUAUCAGAAUUUAAUAAAUGAUUCCCUUCACGCAAACCUGGACGAGACUGAAAAGAUUAUAGCAGCAUUACUUCACUUUAAUCCAGAUAAUGAAAUCGAAAGGUUUGCAUCAGCUGUGAUGGAAUAUGAAUUCCAAUUUGAGUCUCCGACUUCGGCACGAGCUGCAGGAUCUUCCUCUAAAUAUGUACGUAAAAACGCAGCCAGUUCAGGAAAUGCUCAGGAAUCAAAUUAUCGUAAACCUUCUAGUGCUACAGUAAUUAAAAAUUCAUUGCUAACGGAUGAUUUUUCUAACUCUAAAAAUAAUGCCUCCUUAAGUCAUAAAAGAGCUAGUAAGUUGAAAUCAAAGGUGGGUUCCAUUUUUAGUAGAAGGAAGGAAAAGAAAGUUUCUUCAAUUCAAGUUGAGGCUAUUGCUGAGAGUGAAACUUCUUCGGUGAAUAGUCACCGACCUCCAUCGUCAUCGGAAUCUGAAUUAUACGGCAAAUCUCGCUUCAUAGCCAACCAACAGGUGUCUGGUGGAGCCCCAGCAUCCCUACCAGUUGCAGAUACUGAGACUUCAGAAUCUAAGACUGACCUUGUGCCAAAUAAAACACCAUUUUCCAUUACUCAAGAGCCAUUAAAACCUCAGCCUAAAACAAGAUCAUUCUCAGAGCAACAAAAUCCCUCGUUUGCGGUCAGUAAUACAUCUGAGGAUGGUAAUGCUAUUGUUUCAAACCCAUUUCCCGUCAUAUCAGUUGAUGAUUCACCCUCUGGGAAAUCUGUUGAUACUCAAAUAACUCCAAAAAAUCAUUUUGUCCAACCUAGCGCUUCUAGUUCUAGUCCGGCGUCGUAUGCUCAUCCACCACAACCGCCUCAAUCCAGAAAGCCUCACCCUUCAACAAAUUUGGGUUCACAUGGUAUACCUUCUUCCAGCCCAUCUCACUUGCAAAUUCAAGCACCUGUAAUCCCGGAAUAUAGUGGAAACAGACGUGAUAUUCAUUCCACAUUGUUUUAUAAUUUAACCAAGGCAGACAUCGAUUUGGCAGGAACUCAGCAAAUACCGCUUUCAUCUCAAAUUACAGGUGAAUUAAAGCCAUUGGAUCCUCAGAUAACUGGCUCAUCUCUAAAUAUGAACGUUAGCCACAUGUCAGGUCAGUCGCUAUUUCAACACACGGAGCUUACAACCUUCGGUCUAAAUGCUAGUAUUGGGGAAGUAGUGAAUGCAAAGUUUCAAGAUGGGAUUUUAGUUUCCAGUCAAUUAAUUGGUGAAAUUGCAUUAAAUUACAUUUCCCCAGAUUAUUCUUUUGAAAAUUUACCCCUGGAUAUAAAUUUAAAGAUUGAAUCUGAGGAACCAUUUGAUAAACUAAUUGUCAAUCAUGCAUUUUUAGAAAGAACAAUGGAUAACUCCGAUGUUAUCUUUAAAAUAAAUCCACAAUUUAUCUUAGGCAAGACCUUAGGUGCCUUAAAAUAUUCGUUGAAGUCUCCAUUUGUUCCAAUUGUAAUCCAUCCAGUUUGGAGAUUCGAAGAUACUCAAGCUAGUGUGAUGCUGACGCUGAAGAUCUUUUCCAGUCUACCUGAUAACAUAAAGGAAGUAACUUUGGACGACUUGGUCGUUUCUGUUGCCAUUGACAAUGCUACUGUUACCACUGCUUUAUCAAAACCACAAGGUUCUUUCAGUAAGGAAAAGAAACGUAUUACUUGGCGAUUUAAAGAACCUGUCGUGCUCAACCGUGAAUCUGAACAGAGAUUAAUUGCAAGGUUCUUGACUGAUAAGAUCGCCCAAGAGUCUUCAAAAGGUGUUCAAGCAAAGUUCAAUAUUCGUGGAUUCCAACUCACUGGUUUGGUUCUAAAAAGUCGAGAAUUAAGCUUAGAUGACCCCUUCGGAUCUGAAGCAGGUGAAUGGAAUGAUGUAGCAGCCUCUAGAACGUUAGUUGCUGGCUCUUAUUAUGGCUUAUCUAUAUGA